AUGGCGGACGACGUUCGACGAGUCACACGAGCUCAAGCGAAGGCUCAUCCACAAAACAAAGGUCCGAAUGCUCCAAAAGCACCGCACACUGAGCCCCAAAAUGGGACAGAACCUAAGCCAAUAGAACCAUCAAAGGCGUUUUUGAGACAUGAAAUCUACCUCGAACAAGAGGCACAGGAUAAAGCUGACCUUGUAUCUAAUCGCUAUGAGGAUCAAGGACAGUUCGCGGAUCCAGGUUUUGGAAGGCCUGAGGUCGAAAAGGCAAGGCUAGCUCGGGAGGCAAGACAUGCCGAAAAGCGAAAGUGGACACCUGAAAAGGGGGAAACGCCUGAAGAGGGAGAAACGCCUGAACCGGCAACCAACAAAAAGAAUAAGAGAGGCAAGGGGAACAAGAAUAAGAGAGGCAAGGGGAACAAGAGUGAGAAAGGCAAGGCAGCGAAAGAGGUUGAGGAAGUUCACGCAGAGAAUGAUGGGCGGGUUUGGAUCGAAAUCGAUACUCACAAGUUGUCGCGUCUCUAUGGAAACCGAAAUCGGGGGUUAGUUCCCCGCCUGUUCGACCAAGAGUUUGCCGGAUCAGGUCGCCUUCCAGAGGGUGGCGUGGACAAAGUGGCGCUCAUGCAAUGCUCGGAACUGGCCCGACAAUAUUUCACGUGGUAUCCAGACCGCAAGGUUUUGCACCUUCCGGUCCAAUAUCCUAGGAAACAUCUGAAUACUCGAUCGCCAGAUUGUAAAAGAAGUGAUUACCCACUAGUGCAAGGGAAGAGAUAUCUUUCUCGGCCGUACAAUUUUAUUGCCCACAUUUCCGCCCGCCCGAUUAUCGAUAUCAUCAUCCCGUGGGUAAAUGCCAUUGCAUCAGCUCGCCAUAGCGAAACUUUAGGCAAGGAUGCUAUUCCCAGGCCUACUGUUCCAGAGGCCUUAAAGGACAAGAUCCAUGUCUAUAAUGCUAUGCAGCAACUCUGCGUUCCGCGGUUCAUUCAACGUCCUUUGAUCGAGCAACUCUGCGAGCACAUGUACAGGUCCGAACUAGACACUUCAUGGCUACUCGAUUUUGAAUUGACAGUGGGGCGCUGGAACGCUCAAACAGUGGCAGUUUGUGAUCCCGUUAUAAGUGCUUUCACCGCCACCUACGCCCGUCGCCGUCAGUCAGACCGCAAUAACCUAACUCUGCGCCUCCAAGUUCGCAACAGCGUGAACUUGAAUGAAGACGACCGAGGCAACGACUCGGACGACAACUUCGACGAGGAGCUUGAUGUCAGAAACCUCCACGUUGAUUCUUCCCGCCCAGAAAGCUCUGGCAGCUCUAGCAGCUCUAGCAGCUCUGGCAGCUCUGGCAGCUCUGGCAGCUCUGGCAGCUCUGGCAGCUCUGGUGACUCUGAUGACUCUGAUGACUCCGGUGGCUCUGGUGGCUCUGGUGACUCUGGUGACUCUGGAGACUCUGGUGGCUCUGGUGGCUCUGGUGAUUCUGCCUCAAAAGACAUCUCUCAGAACGAGGACGAGGACAAGAAGCGUGAGGAGAUGGCUGAAAGGGGAAACAAACACGUAAAAAUCAACCGUGCCAACAGCCAGCCCAGGCGAUACUUUGACUAUCGCACGAAGCAUGUCUCCAACGAAAAAGGCAAAAGGUCAGCCAACAAGUCUCGCAUUGUCCCGCCACAACUACCCGUUUUGGCGCACAGCAUCCGGAAUUGGGGUGGAAUUGGGCAAGAUGACCUCUAUGGUACAACGAAGACUGUAAGGGAGUUGGCCCACAAAGGAUAUCCAUUGAACAAUGGAGAAAAGGCCUACUACAAGCGCCACUUUAAGGAGAUCGAAGAUGGCGACGAAAGCAAUGAGGCAUCUUCCAGCAAGCGACAGAAGCCCAAUCCCCAAGGAGCCGAUCAAGAGGGUCAACAAAUGGGGAAUGAUGCAGAGAGUGAUGCUUAUAAGUUCAGUCUCGACCGUGCGCCACCGAACUGGUUCCCAAGGACAACGGAUAAUAUCAAAUUAAGGCACGUAGAGGUCGUCGAUAGGUAUGAUGUCCUUCGCCCGCUUAGUUUGAUUAAACGAAGCCCUGGCAGAGGAUACCCUGGUCCAGGGGAAUCCGAUCAAGAGAUAUCCGAUCAAGAAGACGUCGAUCAACAAGACGUCGAUCAUGAAUGA